AUGGGAUCAUUGAAGGAGUGGGGACAGAGGGCAGGUGAGCAUUUACUGUCUCCUGAGAAAAACAUCAGCAGAGGAGACGUGACCCUUGACUCUGUGUCUCCUCUCAACUCUCCGUCCUUCACCCUCAAUGAGACAGUACCAGACUUCAAUCUUGACUUCAACCUUGAUGAAGCCUUGAAAUUUGUUGGACUGAACUGUUCUGAGACUAAGGAAACUGUCUGGAAGCCCUCAGAGCCUGAACCCACCUCUGACAACAAGGAAAGCCCUGGUAAGGAGGAGGAGGACAGCUUAGACACCUUGAACGACACCCUGGACGAUAUGAUCCAGGCCUCCCAGCUUCAUCCUCAACACCUGCGCUCACUACAGGGUACUGCUCGGGCUGCAUCCCACUCGACGAAUCAAAAUAUUUUACAGGAGAAAUUUCUCUUGAAAACCCAGCUAAUCAUCUAUGUGGUCUCUGAAAAUGGUCAUAGUGAGAGCAGAGCGCUUCAGAAUAUGGGCCAUGGUUUUACACAUGCAUCACUACCCACUGCAUACUCCAGCAGCAGCAGCAGCAGCAUCAGCAGCAAACAGCUAAAUGCUGCAUCACCCAUCAAGAGGAUGAAGAUUGCAGCCACAUCAGAGAGGCUGGCUGUGAAUUUAGUCUUCCUGCCACACGUUGAAGUUCCUGCUGAUAGCCAAUUGGUCCUCACCUUGUUCAUCAGGCUUGACUCUUGCAUCUUCUGAAGGCUGUAGGAAGAGUAAGUAAGCCCGAUAGCAUUGCCUCCUGUGAUGUAUUGGACUGGCAGUUCCUUGAUUCUGGAGGAGUCUGCAAUAGGAAGACCACAAAUGUAGUAGUUGGUUGUGACAUCCAUACCUAUGAACAUUUAUUUACCUGCCAAAAUGCUUAAUUAUGUAAGGGACUCCCCAGAUUGUGGAGAUCCCAACAUUGUGGAAGCCCCUGGCCCCUGGGCAGCUGCCCUCUUUGCCCACUCCUAAAUCAAGGGCCCUGCACAAAUUUUUCUCUCUCUCUCUCUCUCUCUCUCUCUCUCUCUCUCUCUCUCUCUCUCUCUCUCUCUCUCUCUCUCUGUCUGUCUGUCU